CCUCCGCCAUCCCGCACCCGCUGCAGCUUCCAGGCCAAACUCACCAACCACUCCCAUCCCCUGCCUCCGCCCCAGCCCAUCCCCUCCCGCGCCGCCGCGCGGAGGCCUCUCGAGCCUAGGGUUCCCGCUCCCAUGGCGCUCCCCUUCCCCUCGCACCCCGCGUUCGCCUCCCUGGCCGCUGCGUGCGCGGUCCUCGUCGGCGUCGCCUUCGCGUCCGUACGGGGCUGGAUCCGCCCCUACGGCCGGACCUACGCGGCCGGGGUGGUCAUCGGCACGCUGCUCGGCACCAACGCCUUCGUCCUGUACACCGACGACGCCCCCGAGGCCCGCGUGAAGGCCGCGGCGGAGCGCCUCCUGAUCGACGGCGAGUACGCCUGGCCGCUCCUGCUCGUCGUCGCUGGCUGCGUCCUCGGCUGCGUCGUCGUGUCCGUCUUCCGUGCCUGCGUGGAGGCCUCCGGGAGGAGGAGGCGGAGGAUGGUGCCGCUCGUGCCUGGAAGGAGCGCGCGCGCUGGGCGGAGGGCUACUGGCUGCGGUUGGCGCACCCUUGUGGAGCCUGUGCUCUUCCUUGCCUCUGUUUGGGCGUGCGUCUACUGCCUCCCUGGCGUCGCCGGCGGCCACAUUGCUGCUCUGCCGAAGGGCGGGGAUCCGGCAGGUGCUGGCGUAGUGUGUGAUCAUCCAAGGUAUGAGUCAUCUCUGAGUGAUCUCAUCCAGUUCUGA